UGUUGAGCACGGUGGUCAAUAUGAGCCGACUCCAAGUAGCAUUUGAACGCACCACCGCAAGGCGCGAGCGUCUCCGUCCGCGUCGGUUCUUGUGGAGCUCCACGCGGAUUGACCGACGCGGCGUGCCGUCUCUUGCCGCGCGCGUAGCACGGCGACGCGGCCGGCGGCGCCUCCGCCUCCCCGCCGACUUCGGAAGCGUCGCGGCCUACCGCGAGCUACCGCGGCGACGGCGGCUACCGCUAGCCCGGUCGCCUGUCGCGUCGUUCCACGCGGCAGCCCGACUGGAGCGAACGUCACAGGGCGGCCACAAGUUUCGCUUCGCCUAUUUUCGGACUCCCGAGAGGACAUUUGGACCAUUUGUGCCCGUUUAACCAAAUAUCCAACUCGGUAAAAGUUGAGCCCGUAACCACUCGGCGCUACUCACCCGGUUGCCCGACUAAAGUACUGACGUUUUUCCACGCGAUAAUCCGACUGUCCAUACAGCGGUAUUCGACCAAAGUCGCAUCGUACAGCACUGGCCAAAAUCUGAUGAAAAGGAAUCAAGAAGGUGGCGUUCCAUAAGGAGCCGAGCACAGUUUCGUCGAGGCUGGGGAGAUGGACAGGCAAAAGUUCCCGUUCACCGUCGAAGACAUCCUGAGGAAUUAUCCAAGCGCGGCCUGGGAUAAUCCGGCGAUGUGGUGUUUGUGUUGUUGUUGUUGUUGCUGCUGCUGCUGCUGCUGCGGAGACGGGAUGACGGACCACCCGAGUCAAGGUAAGGCCUGCCGCUGCGUGGCGCCAACACCGCGACCACUUACCGGGCUUCCCUCCCUCACCGGAUGGGCGGCGACGUCGGAGUCCGGCGUCCGAGAAGAAGACGAGGAAGCGGCGACGGCGGCGGCCCAGACGCCGAGGAGGACCCGGCGACACCGAACCAUCUUCACCGAGGAGCAGCUAGACGCUCUGGAGGAAGUCUUCCUGCAGAACCACUACCCGGACGUCAACGCCCGGGAAAAGAUAGCGCAGAGCACGCGCCUCCGAGAAGAGAGGGUGGAGGUUUGGUUUAAAAACCGGAGAGCCAAGUGGAGGCGCCAGCGAAGACUCUCAUUUUACACGGGAAACACAGAAAACUAACUUUGUAAGGAUCACCAUUAGUGUAUGUUUUUUUGGAAAAUGAAAAUGCAUUACAUUAAAGAAUGAUACCAUAAUCAUA